GUUAAUGGGUAUCGAUCAAAUCAUCAAAGAAUUCAUAAACAAAUGAUUGAAAGAAAAGAUUUAUCUUUUUAUUUUUUUUCAAAUUUUGAUUAUUCUUUUUAUUGUUUUCAGUAAUAUUCUGUUGAGUUGUUGUAGGGGAUUUUGCUUUAUUGUAUGGCCACUGCCCACAAGCAUAGAUUCUCUCUAUAUUGCAAAUCUUUAUUAAGGGGAUGGAUGAUGGAGUGCUGGCGCUCUGUUCUGCUCGGAUUCUCUCUACUAUUGAAAAGAUCAUUUGCUUUUGUCCUUGCCUUCCUUUUCAAGGAUGCCCUUCCCUUCGCUCCUUUUUGAGUUUUCUAGGCAAUUUUUAGGCUGAGUUUGUAGCCAGCUGCACUCAAUAUUCACCUGUUUUAUUCCAUUUUCACAUUGCCCUUCCUGCUUAUAAAUAGGCAAUACCCCUUCUGGGUUUUCUUCAUUGUGUCACCUCACACUUUGGCCUGCUCUUUACUGCAUUCUCACAAGUACUAGGAAAACAAAAACAUGAGUUAUUCAUAUCAGACCGUCGGCUCCGGUAGUGGAACUGCUAGAAAGACAUUCGACUUUGGAAGGACGCAUGUUGUUCGACCAAAAGGAAAACACCAGGCAACUAUAGUCUGGCUUCAUGGCCUUGGUGACAAUGGUUCUAGCUGGUCCCAGAUUUUGGAAAGCCUUCCUCUACCAAAUAUAAAAUGGAUUUGCCCCACCGCUCCUACUCGUCCUGUGGCCAUUCUUGGGGGAUUUCCUUGCACUGCAUGGUUUGAUGCUGGUGAGCUUUCAGAAGAUGGUCCGGAUGAUUGGGAAGGUUUAGAUGCUUCAGCGGCACAUAUUGCAAACUUCUUGUCAACAGAGCCAUCUGAUGUUAAGGUCGGUAUCGGAGGCUUUAGUAUGGGUGCUGCAAUGGCCCUCUACUCUGCAACCGCUUAUGCUCUUGGAAGGUAUGGAAAUGGAAACCCAUACCCCAUCAGCCUAAGGGCAGUUGUUGGAUUAAGUGGAUGGCUUCCAGGUUCAAGGGGAUUAAGGAACAAAAUAGAAGUAUCCAGUGAAGCCGCAAGGCGUGCUGCAUCCUUGCCUAUUUUGCUUAGCCAUGGAACCUGUGAUGAUGUUGUCCCUUACAAGAAUGGUGAAAAAUGUGCCCAAUCAUUGAGUAUAGCAGGAUUCCGAAACCUCACUUUUAAAACCUAUGAAGGGAUUGGACAUUACACAGUCCCUAAAGAGAUGGAUGAGGUCUGCAAUUGGCUUACAGCAAGGCUGGGGCUUGAGGGAUCUCGUUAACUGUAGCACGGCACCGGUUUAUAGUAGAAGCUAAUGGAAGAAGAACAGAAGAGGGAAACAAUAAUGUUGGAGAAAGAGAGAUAAAACUGCAUAUGUAUAAAUAAGGUAGUUUAACAAAAUGGGUUGCUAGGGUAUAUGGUAUAGUUGAAAUAGCCCUCUUUAUAUCCCCUUUUGUCUCUUGUAUUUUUUUUUUUAGCUGUGCUGAAAAUAAAGUUUUGAAUGCGUUCACAGCAAUUUGGUAUGGGUUAUAAUGUGAAAUGUGAAAUUAGUGGCA